AUGGAUCUUAUCACUUUAAUAGAGUGGUGCACGAAGAAUAGUUCUGAACAUGCACUUGUGGAAGUGGUGAGAGAUAUAUGUGCAGAAGAUCCAAAUGAAAAAGGCAGACAUCACAUGAUCAACCUUUGCAUGGCUCGUUAUAAAGCCUUCCCUCAAGACAAAGAUAAGAUUGAAACCAUUUUAAACGAAUUUUUGAUACAACAUCAAGAUGUUUACGCUGGCAUGGAACAGUUGCUUGAAGCGGAUUUUUGGACGACUGUUACUAUAGUUGUUGAUAAUUCGUUAGAUAAAGCUGAGAUUGUGGGAAGAUAUCUAGCAAGAACAAGAAAGGAUUGGUCAGCAGUUCGUAGUUCAUUCAUUGUGAAAAUUUUGUCAUCUCUUUGUUGGAAAUCAUGCAGCAAAGAGGUUGGUGAAAUGCUUUUACGGCGUAUGACGGAAUUUGUACCUCACCUGAAAUCUGUAUCACAUCUCACUACUUUUGCUAAGAUUGGAGUGGAACAGGUGACAAGUUAUCAAAAUAAUGCAGCUGUUCUCUACGUGAUAUCUUUGUUGCAUCUGAUGCAAGCAACAUACAAUACUCGUUUUCCUUCUGAAGCGGAUAGCAUUAUUUCAAGUGGAUCGAACUUUACUGCCGUAGUGACUUCUGAGGAAGGUAUUGGUUAUUGGGGAGAAUUUUCUCCAGGACCAUUAAAGUCAAAGGAAUGUGAAAAAUCUCUUGGACAACGUGCAUCUCGUUUAUGUAUGCUGGAUUUACCUGUUCGAAUUUGUAGCGUUUCUUGCGGCACCGAACAUUUGCUUUGCUUAACUAUACAUGGGAAAGUCUAUGCGUUUGGUCGAAAUAGAUUUGGUCAGUGUGGUGUCGGUCAUACAAGUGAGAUUACAGUGGCAGCGGAAAUUGUCGAUAAUUAUGGGAGCGCCCGUGCAGUAUGUGCUGGACAUUAUCAUUCGGCACUAAUCAAUGAAGAAGGAUAUGCUUUCACUUGGGGUUGGUCGUUUUAUGGACAACUUGGAAUUAAUACACGCUCUUCAUUUACAGACGAACUGGUUCCGAGUUUGGUAAAAUCUUUGAAUGGGCGAGUUAUUUCAGUUGCUUGUGGAUAUGCACAUACAUUGUUUUUGAUGGAAUCAGGCGUUGUUUAUUCUUGUGGUAACGGGUCAUAUGGACAGCUGGGUGUCGGUGCUGAAAUAAAAAAGCGUUUCGAACCUGAGGCAGUUCCUGUGCCGAAUAAAGUUCUCAUGAUUGCUUCGAAAUAUUUCCACUGUUUAGCUGUAUCCGAAGGGCAGAAAAUUUAUUGCUGGGGUGCUAAUCCGCAAGCAUUGAAGAUGAAAAUGUUUGUUAAACGAAGAUUGCGCGUAGAAACAGAUAAAGGUACUUCGACGAAUAUGAAAAGAAAUAAUAAACUGGCAAUCAGUAACUCCCACUUAACAGUCACCGAGUUGGAACAUAUGGUGCAGGGAAGAAUAAUACACAUUGACGCAGGUUAUAGUCAUUCAGCUGUUAUAAACGAAUAUAAAAAUCUCUAUACAUGGGGUAAAAGUUUGGAUAUGCAACUGGGUCAUGGUAACAAGAAAGAGCAAGAAGAGCCACAUCAGCUGUUUGAACCAUCUGCUGCUUGGGAUUUCGUUUCGUGUGGUUACGAUUUUACGACUGCCACAACCUCUCAAGGCAUUAUUUACGUCUGGGGGAGAAAUUAUAAAGGUCAUUUGGGUGUUGAAUCAGGCGUUCCUUCAUCAGUUAGUCGUAAAAUUGUAUUCAAAACUGCUAAAGGUCCUUCGAAGACAAUUGAAGUGACCGGUGAUAGUCCUUGCAUACCACGACCAACAAAGUUUCCAGCUUUGAUUGCGUUUUCGCUCACAGAAUCAUGUUUUGACGAAGUGAGAAGACGUAGUUUUAUCGAUUUUGUCAAAAAAAUGGAUUCAAACGCGAUCUCAGAUAUUUCUUCUGAGCUUCUUAGGAAUCCAGUAUACUGUCUUCCUGCUAUAUACAUGCAUUUAUUGGCUGGUGAUCUCAUUCAUGCUACUGAAAUUCUUAUUCAUUUACCAUCCAAAGAAACAGAAGCAACAGCAGAUAAUAAAAAUGAGCAGGAAGGAAGCGGUUUUUUUGCGUUCAUUGAUAUUAUCUGGGAUUUGAUAUGCAAACACCCAAAUUUUACGAUUCAGUCCAAGGCUUUAUCGAAUUUGCUGAGCACUUUUCUUAUUAGUGAUCGUGUUAUUAAGAAUAAGAAAUUAAGCGCCUUGGCUCCACUACUUUUGAUUUCGAAACCAGAUGUACUUUGUUCGUUGAAUUCAUCUGAUUUCCUGAAAAUUUUGGAAAAUUGGCAAGCUGAUCCAUCUUUUCAUGGUCUACAAGUAUCUCAAAAUUCUAUCCAGAAUUACUCAGGAAGAGUGCGGUACUGGGCUUGCUGUGGUACCGUGGAAAAACACCCUGUGAUGGUUCGGAACAAUAUAAUUAAUGAUAAAAGAGGAGUUUGUCGAAGAUGUUUCGAAAAAUGGUCAUGCUCAGUGCGAGCAAAGUUCCUUAAGUACGAAAAUAAUAUCAGUAAUUAA